AUGUCAAUGUCUAGCUGGCGCUUGACAAUUCGUCUUUGGGCAAGUCUCUUUGGGACUGUUAAGCUGUUUUCGAAGACGACCUUAGAAAAACAGACAAUAUGAGUGCUUUAAAGAAGAUGGCCUAUGGAACUGACAACCGGGCACAAACAAAACUAAUUGUUUGGAUUAGAAACAAACUAACAAAGAACAUAAUUUACAAAGAUGCUAACAGGUUUCCAGAUUCUCAAUCAGCAAGAGAUCAGCCUCCUCCCAAUCUACCAGAUGGCCCGUCUGCCAAGCUCUCUGAUAACUACUUUUACACACGGGAUGCACGCUGUUUGAUGGGACCUCCAAAAGUUCUGUUUGCUGCCAGUCAAGAUCAGAAGACCCUUACUGCUGGGGGCACAGUUGAAAAAGCCAGCUCUGAUGUCGUUCCAAAGAAAACGAUGGGACCUACCCCGCCUGGCUUCCGUCUUCAUCCAGAGAUGACACCCAAACCCUACAACCCUAAAUGGGUGUGACAGUGAGGAUGUUAGUGGAUUCCCAGAACUUUCUGAUCGAUUGUAUUUGUGUAAAUAAAUAGUUACAGUAUUUUA